CAACAGCAGACAAACAGCUAUCUUCCAAUCUGCUCGCCAUUUGUUCUUCUUCACUUGCAAUAAUAAACAACCGCCCAAGCGUCAAAACCCCCUCUCAUUGCUUCACUCUCUCUCUCUCUCUCUCUCUUCUUUUUCGCUGCUUCUCUCUGCUUGUGUGCUGCUUAAUGGUUUAGGUCUACUUUUCUCUCUGUCUCCAUCCUUCUUCCUUUCGUUCUCUGCUUUCUCUGUAUUUAUUCUCGAGGACAAAAUACGAUCUUUUGUGGGUUGUUGCUGGUGCUGGUGCCGUUGAGGGGUGUGAGUGAUGAUGGGCCCUCCACCUCCACUAAUGGUGAGGUGAACGAGGGGAAUGCCUCUCCUUUUCCUCCUCUUUCAGUGCUCCCUCCCUUUUUCCCCCAAUUCUCUUGCUGUCUCGCAUUUCUCCGAUUCGGGGGUGGGUUUCGAAGAUGACAUUUUUGGGUCUCUCUCCCCCUCCCUUAGAGUCUCUGGGAAGCUGAUUCGAGGCCACUUCUUGUGCGGGUCUUUGGUUGGAGAUAUUCAGCUGAUAAUGUUGGUCCUGUGCUUUUUUUUUUAAUCGGCUGCUCUUUACGGUUUUGUGAGUUUAUUUGUCGGUUGGUUCCUAGGUUUCUGGUUCGUUGGUGGAUGAAGAAAUUUCGAGCUCUCUUGAGAAGAGUCUACUGCAAGGCUGUGUGUGUGUGUGUGUGUUAAAGAUCACAAAGUCGCAUCCUUUGUUUAUUUCUUUGUUCUGAAAAAAGGUGAGAGAUUCUUUGGAUUUUGGGUCAAUGUGGUAGCUGAGUCUUGGUGAAUUGUGCGAAAUUUCGGGUUUCUGUGAGUUUUUGAGUUACUGUGAUGGUUGAGAGGGAGAGAGGGGUUUGAGUUUGGACUGCAGAUUGCGAGCAAGUUCCUUUCUUUUUUUGGGGGGCCGAAGACCCCAUCCAUGAGAAGAGACAUGGAGAGAGUGAUCCAACCUCCUCUGGUCGAUUCAACAGCAUGUUUAUGUCGAGUUGAUGCGGGUCUCAAAACAGUCGCUGGGGCCAAAAGAUAUGUGCCUGGAGCAAAACUCUGUCUCCAGCCUGAAAUUAAGCCGUCCAUUCACCCGACUAGGAAUAAGCAAUCCCGAGGAGACAGAACCCGGAACCAAUCUCCCCUGCUUCCUGGCCUCCCUGAUGACCUUGCCAUUGCCUGCCUCAUAAGGGUCCCGCGACUCGAGCACCGGAAGCUCAGACUAGUCUGCAAGAGAUGGUACCGACUCCUAUCGGGAAACUUCUUCUACUCUUUGAGAAAGAGCCUUGUAAUUGCAGAAGAAUGGAUCUACGUGAUCAAGAGAGACCGGGAUGGGAAGAUCUCAUGGCAUGCCUUUGAUCCAAUUUACCAGCUCUGGCAACCUCUCCCUCCUGUCCCAAAGGAGUACUCCGAAGCCAUAGGGUUUGGAUGUGCUGUUCUCAGUGGGUGCCACCUCUACUUGUUUGGUGGCAAAGACCCUUUAAAAGGAUCAAUGAGGAGGGUCAUCUUCUUUAGUUCAAGGACUAACAAAUGGCACCGAGCUCCCGAUAUGCUUCGUAGAAGGCAUUUCUUUGGUUCUUGUGUCAUAAACAACUGCUUGUACGUGGCAGGCGGAGAGAACGAGGGAGUUCACCGGUCUAUGAGGUCAGCAGAAGUCUAUGACCCGAACAAGAACCGUUGGUCCUUUAUCUCAGAGAUGAGCACAGCAAUGGUGCCCUUUAUUGGACUAGUCUACGAGGGAAAGUGGUAUUUGAAAGGGCUUGGGUCCCACCGACAGGUCCUUAGUGAGGUGUACCAUCCUGAGACGGAUAACUGGUUCCCAGUCUAUGAUGGAAUGGUCUCGGGGUGGAGAAACCCAAGCGUGUCCUUCAAUGGGCACCUCUAUGCUUUGGAUUGUAAAGACGGGUGCAAGCUACGGGUUUACGACGAAUUGACUGAUUCUUGGAGCAGGAACAUUGAUAGUAAGAUGCACUUGGGAAGCUCUCAAGCUCUGGAGGCAGCAGCUCUUGUUCCUCUUAAUGAGAAGCUAUGCAUAAUUCGGAACAAUAUGAGCAUCACUGUAGUGGAUGUUUUGAAGUCAGGGGAGAAUGGGAGAGGGGCAAGUGCCGAGCAUUUGUGGGAAAAUCUAGCAGGCAAAGGACAGUUCAAGACGAUGGUGACUAACCUCUGGUCAAGCCUUGCUGGCAGAAAUCGACUCAAGAGUCACAUUGUUCACUGUCAGGUUCUUCAAGCUUAGAGAGCCCUGCUCCAAUUUUAGGUAAUUCCGUGCCAGGGCAAUGUGAGUAGACGGUGUCUGAUGUUGCGAGUAAAACACAUCCUACGAUCCUUGCAGGAAACUUCGCGCCAGCAAGCAACAGUCAUGCUUCUGUUUCUUGAAUUCAUUGUAUCGGAGAAAGAAGUAUUCAAGAUAAUCGAAGUUGAGCGGAGACAUUUUUGCCUGCAAAGAUAUAGACAGCAAAGUUAAAUUCGCCUGCCUUCCUGAGAAUGACAGGGAAGAAGUGAGCCUGUUGAUAUUACCUGGAUCAGUGCCCAUAAUGCCCAAAAUAUAUGUGAAGCUAACAUGUAUGUGUUCGUUUCAACGUAAAGGGCAUCCAAAUCUUUCACAGGCGCCUGCAAUGGAAAAGAUAUCUCAGCAAAAUAUAUGCGAAGCUAGCAUGUAUUUAGAGGACUUCACGAUGAAUACUGAGCCCAAGAUACUUAUCAAGUGUUGAAGAACUUUGCAUUGAUAUCCAAAUAAUAAGCUGCAACAGUAA